CGAAUCACAAUACAAAAGAUCAGGGUUCAUCGAAUUCUUAUAGACAAUCGCAUUUUACCGGUGAAGGACCACCAUGGGAUAAUUACACGACUCAAGAUCUCGAAGUACUCUCCGAUAUCAUCACCCUCGCUACUUAUACUUCUCGCAUUUCGUCAGACGCUCCAUUUUCCUUUUUACAUAUAUUUCGAGCAUAUGAUGUCGUACUUAAAACCAGAAAAAUCGAUCAAAGUAUAGAUGCUGUUUAUUAUCGUUUUUUGCUGAGAUUGGUUUCGUUACCCGGCGAUGAUUGGAGUGAAAAAUUUGAAAAUUUUAUUAGAAGCCUUGGAUUGUCGGUCGAGAACGAAGCAAAUAGUUGGAUGUUUCUCGGACGCGAUAUCGCGGUCGAUGACUAUGAACCAUCCGAAGACGGUAGCAGCAUAGAAAGUGUCUCCACAGAAUUUGAAUCGAAGCUAAAUGUGUCCGAUUUCUCUCUCCCAGUGACACCAACGGAAUCCUCGAUAAAGAGUCACGUAUCAGUGACAAGCGAGGAUAAUCAUAAUUGGGUGCCAAUGGAUUACAACUUUCAGCCUGUUUUCGUGCAGGAUGUAAGCGACGAGAUGCAACCGAUGAAAGAUGACAAUUCAUUGUUUUUUGGUUUCAAAAAUUCGGAUCACACCCCAGAGACCCCAGUCUUCAAAUUCGCGCCUUCAUCGAGAGCCACACAGACAAAGAUCCUAGGUCCUGUUAAUGAACCCGAUGGAUUUGAAAACCUACGCAUAACACAUUUUGGGAGGUUAAGGGAGGACAUUGUAUUCGAAGAAGCUGAAAAACAAGAACAGGAGCUUGAUGCUUAUUAUUCAGCUGUCUCAGACGACAACAGUAGUUUUAAUUUUGGGAAGUCGCGUCGAUCAAUAACAAUAAAGGAGCCACCGAAACAAAAGGAUAGUCUUGAAAAUCACACGCCAACAGAUGAACAUAAGAUGGAAUCAAAUUUUUUCGAAAGAACCGUGGCGCUACAAGAAAAAGGAGAAUGUAGUUAUCAAUUAGGUAGCAUUGUAAAUAAUAAACUACCAGAAAAGAAUACAGUAAAUACAUUAAUACCAAUAGAGUUAGAAAAAAACAUUAGACAUUCGGGUGUUAUAUCAGAAACGAUAUCAUACUUAGAUGUGAAGGGAGAGGUUGAACAGCAAAGUCUGAUAAAUAAGGGUAUCACAGUGAUAAAACCAUCAGAUGUAACUAAAGGUCAUCAGGAAUUGGACACAGGUGAUGUAAUAUCGAGGAUUAAUUCAUCGAAUGUAGGAGGAAAUAUUUUAGGGAGCAGAUCAUUGCGCGAACCUUUGGUUCCUCCAAUCAUGCGGGAUGAAGUGGAAAGUGUAAAUAUGUCAAUACACGAAGACAUUUCGGAAUCUAAAUUAUCUGUGACACCCUUUGAUUUGAAAUAUACAGAUGUUACUGAUAAUGUAUUAAAAAGGACACUGGAUGGUCAAAAAUUCGAGGAAACACACGGACAUUCAAUUUCAUUAAUAUUGGAACCAUUAUUACCUAAUAAACCUUUUAUAAGUCAAGAUUUGAAGGAAGAUAUUGAAAUUGCGAUAGAUAGUGAGUCGGACAGCACGGAAAAAGAUAAAUUAAUGAAAGAUGAUAUUUAUAAAAGGACGAUGGGAUUACAAAAACCUAGGGAUAGCGGAAUAAAAUGGUCACAAGAACGCGAAGAUAUGGAACAAGUUCGAGUGAUCUUUGAAGAAUGGCUAAGAUAUACGGACGAAAUAAGGCAAUGUCGUGCGCAAGGGAUUCGUCAAUGGAGAAUAGCUGCAUAUAUAUAUCAAAAUAAUCUAUUAAAAAACUAUUUUCAGCGGUGGAAAAAUGCUUAUCUAAGAAAAUUGGCGACGCGGGAUCUUUUGAAUUCCAAAUGUGACAUGUUGAUAAAAAGUAAAUAUCUAGUGAAAUGGCGUGAACGAAAGCACGCAUCCGAACACGAAGAUCGCGCAAUGAAUUUCGAAAAGGUGUAUAAUUCGAGAAAAUACUUUUCUCGCUGGAUAUCCCGCAUGCGAAGUAACAGAGAACUUUUUGAGACGGCAAAACGACAUGAUAUCUCAUCCCGCAAGAAGAUAUUACGCAAGAAAUUUGAAGAUUGGAGAACAAAUGCAGAAUCUAAAUCGAAAAAUAAAGCUAUUUUAGCGGAAACUUAUAAGAUUUGGAGGACAAAAUUUGUAUAUAAUCUUCUUACCAGUGCCAAUAACUAUAUUUUGCUGCAGAAAUACUUCGUCAUUUGGAGAAUAUCCUUUAUGUUAAAAAUAAUUUCACAAAAGCAAAGUGUAUUUGAUGCUACGACUGAUGAAGAAUUUUUAUUCAGUGCUUUCAAUAAGUGGAGAGACCGCUAUAAUAAUUACAUCUCUUUAGGUGAGGUGGCCGAAGAUGGUUAUAACACCAAGCUGAUGGGUGCUGCAUUUCUUCACUGGAAAAUGGCAACACAAAGAAAAAGGGCCAUGUUAAAGACCGCUGAAAAUGUUUUCUUAAAUCGAUACUUUCUCGAGUGGUACAGCCGUUUCAUACAGAGAUUUAUGAAAAAGAAGAAACAAAAAGAAUUAAUGGAAAAAAUUUUUAUAGAGUGGCAUGACUGGACGGAAAAAGUUUGUAUGGAACGCCAAUAUAACCAAAAUGAGCAAAAUUCAGCAAUUACUGGAUCAUUAGAAGAAGAAACCGAUUGCUCUAUGUCCAAUAAAUUAUUAAUUAAUUCAUCCGACGCUAUAGUGACUUUGUAG